UUUUUUUUUUUUUUUUUCUUAAGAUUAAUAGUCAGAAUGCAAUCUUAAAAAUCAGAAGUAUAAGAAAACGAAUAAUAAUAAGAAUCAAGCAAGGGCAGCGUAAGGGUACCGGUCGGGAAGCGCGUCUCAAUGGAAACCAAAAUAUAUGGGAGAUCCACUCUCAACAGUCAAUAGUCCAGAGGCUGAAAGACUCCGAAAAUAGAGUACCCAACUUUAAAACCAAAUGUGAAGAGGCAGGGCGCGACACGCAGGGAGUGAGUUGACCGCGUUGGUACCAAAGAGAUGAUGACUCGAGUGCGACAGCGAGGCGAUGAAAGGGACAUUCCACGUUGCGGAUCCGAUGUGCAAGUGGAUUGUUUCGGGUGGACCAGAGCCAGAUGAGAAUGAUCCACAGAUAGAUUAUGAACCUGUCGUGAUCAUGACCCGUGUCCGGUGUAAAAAAUAUCCUAAAAUCGAUAUCGUAGAGUUGUCGUUCACACACACAUGAGGACACGAUACAUGAAGAGGCGGGGAGGGGAAAGGAAGAAGUUGAAAUGCUGACGAGGGGUAGUGGACUUGCA